AUGAUAUCAUCAACUAUUCGUUCUGCUUUAAGAUCAAGAUUAGCUAUUCAAACCCCAAGAAUUUCAAAUGUAAUGAAAACUUCAAUCAUCAGACCAUCUUUAAUUCAACAUAGAACAUAUGCAUCAGCUGAACAUAAAGAUGAAACUUUUGAAGAAUUUACAGCAAGAUAUGAAAAAGAAUUUGAAGAAGCUUAUGAUUUAUUCGAAGUUCAAAGAAUAUUAAAUAAUGUAUUUUCAUAUGAUUUGGUUCCAGCUCCAGUUGUUAUUGAAAAAGCUUUACAAGCUUGUAGAAGAGUAAAUGAUUAUCCAACUGCUGUUAGAACUUUUGAAGCUUUAAAACAUAAAGUUGAAACUCCAGAACAAUAUUCAGCUUAUUUAGAAGAAUUAAAAGAUAUCAGAAAAGAAUUAGGAAUUGAUUUAAAAGAAGAUUUAUAUGGAUCUAAUUAA